AUGCGACCGGAAUUUGCAGAGUAUGGAAAAAAUCGAUUUGGUCCGAAUCUGCGUAAUCUCCAGAGUGCCAUAGCACGAGACUACAACAGAAUGGCCAAAGAUUGCGCGUACUUUGGCAAUGAUAUGUCUGUGUUGCUGGAGCAACGAAAGGAGAACCCUCCUGUAGAGAGAUCGUGGCACACAUCUGAAGCCAAAACACUACUUGAAGAAGAUAUCACCAAUGGCAUUCAUUUGUCAAUUGACCAAGAGACUGGCAAGAAGAUAGAGCCAAAAGCAAUUUACAGAUUGAGACCUGAAUAUCGUGAGUUCACUCUGAAAGUGUUCCGCAAUCAUAUCUACCAAGAAGUCAAGAGACGGGAGAAGAUCGAAUCAAAGCAUCGAUUUGGAAAGAAGAAGCUUCGAAAUCCAGCUGCAGUGGCACACCCACAUUUGGUUGCUUUGGCUCAGCUCGGAGAAGAAAAGACCAAAGAAAGUGUAGCUAAGAAAAUAGCACUGAGAAUUCAGAACAAAAAGAAAGGACGGGGGAAACAAGCCUGA